AAGUGUUUCUCUUUUCUUUUUACAUUUGACAAAACAGCGACCGUUUUCCAGCGCAUUCUAUAAAAUGUUGGGUACAAAAUGUCUCCAGUGUGGUAGCGUCUAAAUCUAAAAUAGAUAUUACUGUAAGGAUUUUUUUUUUGCUUAUUUGAAGAGCUAACCAAUAAAAAAAGCCGGUUAGCAUCCCGGCUAAUGUAUGAGCUACCAUUGUUAUUUGGUUGAAUACAAAGGAGCUAGAUAUAUUUCCUGCAAUAUAGCUCAUCUUUCUAAUGAAGUACACGCCUUUUGCUUUAUUUAUCAGGUAGUUUGUAUGUAUGGCUUUUUGGAGUUUGUUAAAACUGGUUUCUCAGCUGAAAAAGUCACUAUUAAUUUCGACUCAACCAAACCAAACAGUGUUUCUGGCGUCUAUCCAAGCUUUGUUAAUAACUGGAUUGACAGACUUUGAACCGUUAAGGAGGGCAAAGGUUGAGACAAAAAAUCAAGCAGCAGCUGCAUCUUUUUACAAAGGUUUGAGUUUUUGUCAUCCCAGUGUUGGAAAUGAAGCCAUGAAUCAAAACAAAGCAAAGACAAAUAUGGAUGCGCGUCAUAAAAGUGGAGCAGGCGGCCUACGCGGCAUAAAAACAAAAGCUAACUUCAAAAAACAACAGCUGAAGUUUAAAAAUAACCUUGAUCAAUGGUUGGUGAAGCCUUCAAAAAGUUCAAGCGCAACAGGAGAGAGUCCAGGCCAGAAGGAUGUGGAAAUGACAGAUGAUCAGGGGUCUCAAAACCCUUCAGCUGUUAUUGUAAACUAUGAAAAUGCUGAGAAAUCUGAAGUUUUUACAAUGGAUGAAGACACGGAGAUACUAACACCACAAGACUUUAGUGAGGACAGUCCUUUAAAGCCAGAUUCCAACGACACCGAAGAGAUCGAACUGACACAGAAGCUCUCUCCCUAUCAGGAGGAGUUAGACAAACAAGAUGAAGCUGGAUCUUCACACUCUAUUAAUCAGAGAGCCAAAAUUACAGAUUUUUUUCCGGGGGGCUCGUCACAAACUUUCAACGUGAAAAAUGGUUGCCGAGAUACGACUUCAGAGGAGCAAGAUCCCAAAAAGGAAGGUACACCUGCUGACGUUAAAUGGUUGGGAACACCAAUCGGCGAGCUGAGGAGGAUGCCGGACUGUGGUGGGCCGCUUCGUCCACUGGAAGAUGAUCCUGACCAUCACACCGUCAUGAUAAGGACAGACCUUCUUGGAAAUCUUAACGCUCCUGUCCCAAACCCAGCUACAUUUCUCGAUACAUGGGAUGAUAUCCAUGUGAAGAUGCCCUACUCACAGAGGAAUCUAUUUCCAAUUGGUGAUGAGAACAAGAGUCGGUGGGAUCUAAUCAAACAAACUUUAAACAAAAAGUUUAAAAACGCUUCUGAGUUGAAGGAUGCAGUGCUGAAAUAUUGUGCAUCAAAUGCCAAAAAAUGGGAUUUUACUGCAUUGGACUUGUACUGCAACAAGGUCUUGGAGCCUGAUGCUGUGGAACAUCUGUUUGAAUCUCUGCUGCCAGACAUGGUUCAAUUAGCACUGAGAGCAUCUGAGCUCUGUACCAAGCCUAUCCCCCUGCUGAAAAGAGGCAUGAAUCACUCCAUCACCAUGUCUCAGGAGCAGGUGGCAUGUCUUCUAGCAAACGCCUUCUUUUGUACCUUCCCUAGAAGAAACUCCAGAAAGACAGAGUACUACAACUACCCAGACAUCAAUUUUUUCAGGCUGUUUGAGGGAUCUUCAUCCAAGAAAAUUGAAAAGCUGAAAACUCUUAUGUGUUAUUUUAAGAGUGUCACUGAACAAAAGCCAACAGGACUGGUGACGUUCAGCCGUAAAAGAUUGGAUAAACCUCCCAACUGGAAAAGUUCGCAGACUUUGCUCACAAGGCUCCACAUUACAUGUGAGGGAACGAUCGAGCAAGACGGUUAUGGGAUGCUUCAGGUGGAUUUUGCCAACAAGUUUGUUGGAGGAGGAGUCAUCAGUGCUGGACUUGUUCAGGAGGAAAUCCGUUUUCUCAUAAACCCCGAGCUCAUCGCUUCUCGUCUCUUCACUGAAGCCCUGGAUGAUUAUGAGUGUCUCAUUAUCACAGGAACACAGCAGUAUAGUAAAUACACCGGUUACUCUCAGACCUACAAGUGGGCCGGCUCUCACCAAGACACAACUCCAAGAGAUGAUUGGGGAAGGCGAUGCACAGAGAUCGUGGCCAUUGAUGCACUUCUCUUCAGGAACUUUCUCGAGCAAUUUCACUGCGACAAAAUCAACAGAGAACUUAAUAAGGCUUACUGUGGCUUUUCUCAGCCUGAAAAGGAAAGUCGAAACCUCGCUGCAGUAGCCACAGGAAACUGGGGCUGUGGUGUUUUUGGAGGUGACACACGUCUCAAAGCUCUGAUCCAGAUGUUGGCAGCUGCUGAGGCGGGCCGAGACGUCGCUUAUUUCACCUUUGGUGACAGCCAGCUCAUGACAGAUGUCCACAAGAUGCACUCCUUCCUCACCCAGAGGAACAUCAGUGUUGGGGAGGUGUACGAUCUCCUGGGGCAGUACUACAAUUCAGUUUGUAGGAACAGCCUCAGUCGGCGCCCUGAUGUCAGCCUCUACUCCUUCAUCUACAGACAGCUCAGACAUUCUGUGGAGCCUGCUGAGUCCGGCCAACAUUCACCCACAGAAUGCCCUUAAGCUCACCAGGCUGAAGAAUCACUAUGCCUUAAAGUGAGAUGGAAAAUAAAGGACUACCAUAAUCAACAGAAAUAAUUAAAAGGCUCAAAAAUGACAAUUCAUAUUACUAUUAGCUUUAAGAUAGGUGGUUUAAGUUCAUGAUUUAUAUUUUAUAAAGCAUAUCAAAAACAUAUCCAUAUUAAUAUGCCUUCAACGUGUAUUUAGCCUUUUCAUUUUAACUGGUUCAGGUUUAUUGGAUUUCAAUAAUAUCAAUAACUUAAUAAUAGGCUGUCUAUAUUAAUCCCAUGUUAAACUACAAGGAGAGAAAUAAAAGUAUCAAAAUGUGGAAGGGGAUUAAUAAACUACAUUCACAAGAGAAACAUGGAAUUAUUAGGCAUAGAAACACAGAUAAAUAAACAUUUUGCCUUGAUUUAUACAUCUGAAUUCCUUUACACUUACUUUUUUUUGUUCUCAGAGGAAAAUCCAAAUGGUAUUGGGCAUUUUAAUUAUUUCUUUAUGUUUUUGUUUUACUCUGGAAAUGUUUAUGGUUUCUGGUCUUUGUAAUAUUUAUAUAUGAACAAAAAAUGCUCUUAAUACUUGACACCUAGAAAUAAAGAAGGAGCAACCUGUUCAAAGCCAAACUCUGUUAGAAUGCUGCUUGGUUCUUUAUUUUGUUUCUGUGGGUAAUACAGCAGCUGAUUGAGCUCCAUUUUUAUUGACAAUGCAAAGGUUGCCAUAGAUCUUCCAUGUUUGUCAUGUAGCUUGGUUUUAAACCCAUACUACUUAGUUUGAGAUUCUUUUUUUUCUUCAGAAAUUAAGUUAAAAGUAUGAGAAUAAAAUUGUAGCUAAAAAGAAGUUUGGAUUAAAAAUGCAGUCCUGCUUUGUAUGUAUUUAUUUCAUUACAAUGUUGUGUUUUGACUGAAAUUGAUUGGAUGUUUUCCUUUUCCUAAUGGCAUUACAUUUAACUUGAUGUGAUUUUCUAUCCUUCCACUGGUCUUAUUGAUAUUCAUUGUUUUAAAAGUACUAUAUAAUUUUUUUCCUAAUGUAUUUUGUUUUGGAAUUCAAAAAAAGUUGUAAAUAAAAUAAUUUCAGUUUCUUUUCCCCCCACCUCUAAUGAAAUGAAGCUAUAUACAUCACUGAUGAAUUUCUGAAAUAUUAAAAUGAUAGUUUUAAGUUGGUGUUAAAGGUGAGGAUUUAAUAAAUUCACAGGGUAAUAUAUGUAAUAUACCUAUAUUUGUAAUAUAACUAUUGUACCUAUUUUUUCAGUUUUCUACAAGUGAAACCCAUUUCAUCCCAAAUGACAGUAAACAUUUUUAUUUAAAUAUAAAAUUAGUUUAGUUUGUUCCUGUGGAUAAACAAGUGGGCAAGUUUACUAAAGAGAGAGUAGGUGUCAAAGCUUUGUUCCGUCUGCCUUUAUGGAAUCAGGACCCGAGACAGCAGGUUGCUCUUUGCUGCAUGCUGAGUUCAAAAAACAGCCUUUGGUGGCAAAUCUCCAGGGGGAUCCACCCUAGACUCAAACAGAGUAUCCUACUGGAGUGUUCUCCCUACCAGUUAACGUCAUGUGUGUUUUUGACCUUUAGACUGACACCUUUAGUAGAACGGACGCAGUAGUGUAGUUAGUUGGAGGAAAGUCUGAUCCAGUGCCUUACAGAUGUUGCUAUACCUCUUAAAAUGUUUCCAACAUGAUCUGAAAUUGUUUUUAUUUUGUUUUUGCAAAUAAAUUCUAAAAAACUAA